AUGCAUACUGGACGCAUCUUUAUUGCGGUCCUUGUCAUAGGACUGGCACUAUUAGUUUCUGAGAGUUAUGCUGGCAAGGGUGGAGGAAAGGGCAAGAAAAAGAUGUGCAAGCCCUGCAAAUCCAAAUGCAAUUAUGGAAAACGCUGCAAGAAAAUCUGCAAUCUGAAACCGGGAACUAAAUGUGACGACAAGUGUUGGAAGAAUUGUAUGAAAAAAUCUAAACCGAUGCCCGAUGAACUCCAAUAUUGCAUGGAUAAAUGUAGAAUUCCACCUACUCCUCCUCCGACCGCAACUCCAAGGCCACCCCCAAAAUGUAGAUGGAGCGAAUAUGGCGCGGAGAAAAUUGGCCAAUGUUCUGCAAGUUGUGGGGGUGGCAUAACAACAGUGACACGUAAACGGACUAAGUUAUAUGGCUAUGCAGAGACCGGGGAUCCAGAAUGCUAUGGUUCUGACACUGUUGUUGUGAGAACCCAAUUGUGUAAUAUUCAGCCAUGUUGGGGGCCUCCACCGCCUCCACCUCCUCCAACUACCCCGCCUCCCAUUAUAGGGAAAAAAUGUAGAUGGAGCGAAUAUGGCGCGGAAAAACGUGGCCAAUGUUCUGCAAGUUGUGGGGGUGGCAUGUUAACAGUGACACGUAAACGGACUAAAUUAUAUGGCUAUGCAGAGACCGGGGAUCCAGAAUGCUAUGGUUCUGACACUGUUGUGAGAACCCAAUUGUGUAAUAUUCAGCCAUGUUGGGAGCCCCUGCCACCUCCACCUCCCCCAACUUACCCGCCUCCCGUCAUAAAUUGCUACUGGGGAGAUUGGACUGAAUGUCCUUGCAUUAGAAACCAAUUACCUGCUACUGCGACAUGUCGAAUUCAUGGUAUUUCAAAAUGUCAUAGAACCCGUAAUUGCCAUUGCACUGGAAAACGAACUGGUGUCGCAACUUAUCCUCAAUGCGCAGGUCUUUCGAUAGAAUAUGAGCACAAGCCAUGCUGCUAUAGCCACCAUUAUCAUACAAGCCCCCCGACUUAUCCACCUCACUGCUACUGGGGAGAUUGGACUGAAUGGGUAUACGGUACUUGCGUUAUGAGUUAUUCAGCUGCUACUACGGAUUGUCAGAUUCAUGGAAUUUCAAAAUGUCAUAGAACCCGUUAUUGCCAUUGCACUGGAAAACGAAGUAGUGUGGCCGCUUAUCAUCAAUGCACUGGUCUUUCGAUAGAAUAUAAACACAAGGAAUGCUGCUAUAGUCACUCAUAUACAACCCCUCCGACUCAUCCAACUCCACAUGGUUGUGGUAUAUGGGGACCAUGGAUGGUUGUUCCUGGUAAAUGUGAUCCACCAGCAGGUUGUACCCCAUUGGACCCAACAGGUAGAAAACGCGAAAUCCAAAAUAUGAGAGAGAAGCGGCAGUUCGUGUGUGUCAUUAUAACAUACACGUGUCAAUUUGUAAGGCAAUGUACACCAUGUUACUACGGAUAUAAGCACCAGGGAUGCGUAGGAGUGUCAUACAAAACAGAAAAUCGCACUUGCUGCAAUCCAGGUCCAACAACAACAAUAACAACAGCACCGACGCCAACUCCCACUACGACAUCAGCAACAACAACAACAACAAUAACACCAACUACAACUACAACUGCUACAACAGCUUGUCCAAGAUGGGGCGACUGGGGACUGUGGGAUAGUUGUAAUACACCGAACUGUCAACCUUUCGUUGACUAUCCCGGUUAUCCAAAACGAAAACGACAACCUUGUACCCAGUUAUUGGAAACAACUUGCACACGGAUCAAGGCAUGUGAGCAAUGUGAUGGCAGCACUGGGGACUGCACUAUACCGCAACCGUCGGAAACAAAAAUAUUAAAGUGCUGCGUACCCUAAUAAAAGAUAACAACACGACGGCCGCCCAGACAUCAAACCUGAAACAGUUAAAGACGAAACAAUUAUGAUCUACAUAUUUUAUUAUAUGAACAAUUGAUUGCUUAAUAAAGACAAAUUCAUUGCUGCAAAAAA